AUGAUUGUGGACAAACUGACGCUGCUGCAAAAUUGCGAGAAUUCAAUACACCCAGAAGAAUUCACAUUUAACGAGGUGCUCCCGGUGCAAAAUGCGUCCACCCUGAGAUCGGGAGGUUCCAAAUGGUUUCCUAUGAGCUCCAUUCCCAGGGGAAAGGCGUUAAUAUUUGUCAGUAUUGGAGAACUCCUACCGGAAGCUAAUAGAUUCGCGUCCGUAUUCGGACAGUUGUAUUUUGACGUUGAGAUUCAUGCAAUCAAAUCAUGUACUCAAAUGGUGGCAGCACUAGAGGCUAUGGCUGAACAGGCAUACCCGGGUAAUGCCCUCAUUGUCAUGUAUAUCGGACACGGAUCUGAUGAAAAGAUCUGUAUAUCGGAUGAUGAUGAAAAACAGAAGGGGAUAACUACUUUGCCCACUUUCCACAUGACGGAUGAGCGCCUAAUUAUCAUUGAUAUGUCGCUCAAGCUGCAGGUGCGUAUUUUGAUGCGGGAUUUACCGAUUUUGGAAUGAUAUUUAGUCAUUGCCUUGCUCAAUAUGCUUGCGACUUUAACUUGAUACAAAUAUUUCAAAGGACCAAGGCUUAUUUGGAUUAUUUUGAUCAGCGACCUGAGACACAAAUGAACAUGGUCACCAGGGACUUGUAUUUCAACCCUGGAUUACCAGAAAAUACCCAAAACUAUACGCCAACCGUACAGAGCAUUGAAUAUUAAAACUUUUAAUUACAUUUAAUUACAAUACUAUAAAUUAUAGUCUAUAAUUAU